UCUUGGCUCACUGUUACCUAAUAAGGACAGUUGGCAAAGUCACAGUGUUAAGUACUUGAAGCCAUAAGCUGCUGAAUUAUGCAAGAGUUGUGGAGCAGCUUGCUCCUUCAAAGAAUGGGAAAUAAAAGCUCGCAGAGGCACAGAGAGGCGAUGUUGAUGAUGAGGAUGAUGAUGAUGAUGGGAGAGGUCCGGCGCUAGGACCCUGUACACGUGAGUGUAUUAGUUUGCCAGAGGGUGGAGACGGUGAACAAUGAAGGAGCUGACUGGUAGGCGCAGGAGAGGAGCAACAUCUGAGGGCAACGCAGACCCCAAACGCUUCCAGAGUCCCGCUGGAGUGACGGACCAAGCAGACUGACCGCGACAGGCAGGGACAUGGAGAUGCUGAGCUGAAAGCCUGCGAGUUGGAAAGGGCUGGGAAACAUGUAGAUUUGUUCACGCAGGCAGAGAGCAGCCUACUGUGUGAUUGGGGUUGCCUCUCACUGUGCGGUGCUGAGUUCGGGUCAUGCGGACCACAAGAGGAGCGGAAGAUAAACACGCACCCUGCUCCCGCUGCUUGGCACGCUGAGAUGGUUUGCGCUUUGAACGGGGAUCCCAGUCUGUGUCAUCCUCACCACUGAGGGAUCACAACAUCAGAUGGCUGAGCAUUCAAGGUGCUAUGAUUCAGAUGAUUACAGCCGCCUUCAAAGAAGUCACACACUGAAGAGAGUCUUCUAAGCCAGAAUCAUCUUAGGAGGAGAGCAAGCCAAACAACACAACGACGGACCUCACCUGAGCUUUGUCAGCUUUACAAUAAUAUUAAUAAUAAAAAACACUUUGCAGCGAGCUUGGUGUUGAGUUUUUAGGAACUGCUCAGUUUUAUACAAACCAGAAUUUGUCACUGAAAACAAAGAGGUUCCGCUAUUUUUGUAAACCAGGAGCCGACAUCCAUCCCCCGCCUGCAGACUCCAGUGGAUCGGUUGUUCCCAGGCGGAGCGCAGGAGCUCUGUUCGCCGUGCGGAUGCAGGACCAUGGAGGAGAGAGACAGGUCGCCAGCAGUCUGCCCCACAGCGUCAAGGCGAGCCUGUCUCUUUCUCCAUCGGGGCCGGGCCGGGUGGGCAGCGGCGGGGGCUCCCCCACCUCCAAGAUGGGCUACUGCGGAGGCGUUCCCGUGGAGGACAUGCAGGCCCUGGCCAUCACCUCCCUGUCAGCAGCAGACGUAGCCAAACACUAUGAACACAUCCGUGAGCUGGGCAAGGGCACCUACGGCAAAGUGGACUUGGUGCAACACCGAACCCAAGGCACCAAAAUGGCACUGAAGUUUGUUACCAAGAACAAGACGAAGCUCAAGAGUUUCCUCCGGGAAUACAGUCUAACAGGUUCACUUAGCUGCAGCCCCUUCAUCAUCAAAGUUCUGGACGUGCUUUUUGAGACGGAGGACAGCUACGUGUUUGGACAAGAAUAUGCUCCCGCCGGGGACCUUUUCGACAUCAUCCCCCCUCAGGUGGGCCUGCCAGAGGAGAUGGUCAAACGUUGUAUGCAGCAGCUAGGCUUGGCCCUGGACUUUAUGCACAGUAAAAACCUCGUGCAUCGGGAUGUGAAGCCUGAGAACGUCCUCCUCUUUGACCGCGAAUGCCGCCGCGUCAAGCUCGCCGACUUUGGCAUGACCCGACGUGUGGGCUGCCGGGUGAAACGGGUGAGUGGCACCAUCCCGUACACAGCACCCGAGGUGUGCCGCGCCAGCCGAGCCGAGGGUUUCCUGGUGACCACCAGUCUGGACGUGUGGGCGUUCGGCGUGCUGGUCUUCUGUAUGCUGACGGGCAAUUUUCCCUGGGAGGCGGCGCUGCCAGCUGAUGCCUUUUACGAGGAGUUCCGGCGCUGGCAGAAAGCAGGAUGUCCCGUGGGCACAUACCCCUCUCAGUGGCGCCGCUUCACUGAUGAUGCUUUGCGCAUGUUUCAGAGGCUGCUGGCUGCCGAGCCGGAGAAACGCUGCGGAGUCAAGGAUGUCUUCUGCUUUGUCAAGUAUGACCUGGUCAGUGAGCUCCGGCGGCGAGCAUCCUGCCGGGCCAAGAGAGGUGAGAGGUCAAGCUCAGGAGUGUGUACUGGCACUUGCACAUCCUCCUCCUCCUCCUCUUCGUCACGCUCAUCCCAUAGACACCCAGAGCCCUCCACCCCUCCGGGAACAUCCUGCCUGCGCCCGGCACCACUCAAGCGUAGCGUCCUGUCCGAUCCGCUGUCUCCCAGGGAGGAGUCGACGCAGCACCACUCUCCAGGCCGAGACAAGAACAAAAGUCAGAUGAUGAUGGCCACCGCCAUCGAGAUCUGUGUUUGAGCACACCGGUGUGAGCCAUGCAGUCUAGAAGGCUUUUCACAGUAAUAACUAGCUGUGAAGGCUUUUUUCACUGUAAUAGCUAGCUGAGAAGAGGUGUUAAUGACUAGCACAGAGACUCAUUUGAGAGAAAGGUGAGGUAUUUUAAACACAAAAGAGAAGCUCAGGAUUGCAUUCCCCGGCUCUAGAAAAAGGCAUCAUCAAUCAGCGGCUCACACAUCUGGACAGCUUAUCCCUAGCACAUGCCUUUUAGGUUUUGAUUUGUGACCAAAGACUGCUUCCCAAGCUGAAUCCUGGAGUCCACUGACGUUGCUUCUCCUGGCAACUUUAUCCGCUGUUCAGCCUAUUGUGUUAUUUUGCCCAUACACUGUAGUGGUGCUAAUGAUUCUAAAUUUAGAUACUCUGAAGAACUAACACCCUCGUUUCUCACUCAUCUCUCCAGCUCUCUUUACUGAAGCUUUUCUUUCUCAAAGUAUAAGCCCUGGGGAGGCCCGGACUCCAGGUCAGGCAGUGCUCUGCAGGAAGCCUGUCAGUCAGAGGCCUGUGAUCUUAGGGUGAACUGACACACCUGCAUUUGACUGCCGUUUCUCAGAUUCCCUGUCUGCUUCCAAUACAUAAAAUUGGUUAUAGACUGUUUCAAGAGAAAAUGGAGCAAAUGUAAAAAAAAAAAAAAAAAAAAGUGAAGGAAAAUGUGAAACACUUAUGUAGCAGUUUGUGUAAGGUUCAUUUCGGUGUCUAGACUGAGACGGCUUCUCGGUGAUAGGCAUCAUCUCAGGACAUUUCAGCUGGUCACUUCCUGUCUCAUGCUGACUUUUAUUGGAGGGUCAAAGCUGAUUUCCUGGCUCACCACUUUGAUGGAAACUGAUUGACUGGCUGGAAAACACACCUGCCAGUGUGGAACUGGUCUCAGACCAGACACUGGGUUCCUUGGGAUAAAAUGUUACAUAAUAGAAAACAGGGAUUGUACAUUUUCUGACUGAAAAGGUGGCAAACAAGGAGGAGGCGGAGGAAGAGGAAUGUCUUUUUAUCGUUUAUUUUCUACCUGCAGUGUGUGUAUGGGUGUUUACGUGUGUGUUUGAAUUGCUAAAGCACAAGAUUUUUGUAUAGGAAGAGAAAUCUUAGUGGAAACAUCUACUUUAUACUGUAAAUAAUUUGAUAUGUCCUGGAGGGCAGUGUAACAUCAGGUAGUUCAACCAUGUAGCUGUACUAAUUUUCUACAACAGGUAAAAUGGGUUAUAGGGUUUUACAGUUUUUGUUGGGGCAGUGCACUAUAUGUAGCAAAAAAAUAUGACAAAAUGUACAGUAUAUCAACAAAACAAAGGUAUAUGGAAAUGUGUUAUAGAGUCAAAAUGUAUAAUGCGGUAGCAGCUGCUGUUCUUUUUUUUUUUUUUUUUUUUUUUUUUUUUUCUCAUUUAAUGAGUUUGGUCUGGACUUGACCAAUGCUUUCUGACCCAGGUAUGACACUCAGAUUGAUGAAUAGGUGUCACAUAUUCCUCCCUUCUCCUAUCACCGAAACAUCCACUUGCAUCCAAUCAGUGGUGCUUUCUGUUCGUCAUCCCACUCUUGUCUCGUUGUCAAUAUUGUUCAGUCAUUUCAAGCUGAAAAGAUGUAGAGAGCCAAGUGCUGAUCUAUAGACUGCAACAGUUCACUCUCCAAUAUUACGCAAGCGUUUCCAAUAUUUGAUUUUCAGGAGACAAAAUAUAGUCAGAGCCCCAUGUGUUUGCGCUCUUUGUCACACCUUUGCUCACCUUUAAUUUAGUCUGCCCAACUCACUGUCAAUUUGUCCAUAUUUUCCACUUCAAUAGCAGAGACCAGGUGUGCAUUGUCUGGAGAAGUGACCUCUGUGUCAGCCUUUGUCAUUCAGGGAGGGAGAUGAUUGAUCCCGAGCAGCACCCUGCUACGGAUUUGGCUUCUGAAAAGCUACGGCUAAUUACGUAAGAGUCUAAAAAGCAGUGGGUUCAGUCUCAAUGUUUCACCGGGUCCUCAUUAUUGUCCUUCUCUGAGCUUAAAUCGUGUUACUGAUAUGUCAGCCAGGUGUGUGUCUGAGUGUAUGUGUCUGUGUGCUCGUUCUCCUUUUGUUUAUUUCCCCACUCCUCCCAUGACAGCCCAUCAGCUCUGUCGCCAUAGUGACAGCGCCAGUGCUCGUCUGGUUCUGCCGUCAGCUCCUGUCCUCUCCUCGAACAUCAGGGUCUAAUUGAUGAAUUCUUUAGGUGCACAGUCCAAAAAUAAAUGAACCGGUCACCAACCUUGCCCCGUCAACCGGAGCUUCUCGUGCUUUGCGAUACAUCAGAUCACGUUUCUGCAGAUUUUACUCCGUUGCGUUUGCCGGUACGUAGUCCAGAGUGCUAUUCUCAACAACCCUCAUCAACCCUGAUGAUUACAGUCAGUGUCCUUGUCUGUUAUGUCUGUUACUUUUGUGUGUUUCCACUUUCCAAGGGCAACAUGAUUAGGCAGUCUUAUUAAAGGGAUGUACUGUAUGCUGGCAUGCUGGUGGUUGGCUGCCUGAUAGGAUCUGUGAAGACUUAAUCCCCCAGUAGGUCGUAAUAGAAUGUGAAUUAGCCCAGCCUUACUUCCUACUUUUCUGUCUGUGCAAUAAUGUAGACUCUACAUCAUAGAUAAAGACAGAGCUAGGUUAGAUAGACCUGAAGUGAUAUUCAUAAAGUGUGCAUAACAUUACUGCAUGUGUAGCCCCCCGCCCUCCUUGACAAGUGACACGGUGCUUUGAUGUGAGCUGCAGUGGCUUUGAUCGACGUCAUAGCCACGGGCAUCAUAGCGCCGUUAUCCCUUGUCAUAAGUGCAAUGUUGUGUGUCAUGGACUGUUACGACAGGAACUGUCAAAUUUGAAGACGAGGUGUCAAAUUAUAGAAAUUUUUAUUUAAGGUCUAGAGAGUAGCCUUCCCUUUACCCACCUUCUGUCAAGCUGUUUUUUGUUUUUUGCCCUCAAGUAUUGUUGUAAACCCUGAUGUAAAUACUGUACGUAGUGUGUCUUUAACACAAAAGAAUAAACAAAAUGUUAAUAUAUGUUGAAAUAAAUUUGUGUACCACAACAUUGUG